UAAGGUUGGCUUGGAACUACAGCAAAAGAACUGACAUGGGAGGUAGGCUCUACCCGAAGGCCAAAGAAGUCGGCCGCUGUGAACAUGGUAAGAUUUCAUUGGGUGGGACUAUGGGGGUUGGACCACAAACAAGAAAAUGACAAAACAGAGAUGCCUUUUCGGCUUUCCCACAUGAACAACACCUCUCUCACAUGAACAACACCUCUCUGUCCUUGACCCUUCAAAUCCUCUCUCUCUCUCUCUUCAACAGUCCCAACAAGGCAAGAAAUUCCCUUAUAAAUUAUAAUACCUCUCUUUUUCCAAUCAAAAUCAAACAGCAAAUCUCUCUGUGUCCUAACUUUUAUGUACUUUUUGCUCUGAGUAUAUAUAUAUAUCCACAUAUAUACUGGUUUUUCAUAACCCAAAAAUACAAAGUGAAUAGUGUGUAUACAGUGACCAAUGCCAAAACUAGUUCUGAAAGCUGGAAGCAGGCCACCAUGGGUGGGUUUGGCAGCUGCUGUAUGGGUCCAAAUAGCUGCUGGAAAUUCCUACAACUUCCCACUCUACUCUUCUGAAAUCAAAUCAGUUCUGGGUUACAAUCAGCAGCAGAUUACAAUACUUGGAGUGGCCAAUGAUAUUGGAGAGAGUGUGGGUAUUCUUCCUGGUAUUGCCUGCAACAAGUUCCCACCUUGGUUUCUGCUUUUGGUUGGUACUGUGCUUUGUUUCUUUGGAUAUGGUGUUCUAUGGCUUUCUGUCAGUCAGACUGUUGAAAACUUGCCUUACUGGCUGUUAUGGAUUGCACUAUGUAUCGCCACCAAUAGCAAUGCAUGGUUUGGUACAGCUGUGCUUGUAACCAACAUGAGAAACUUCCCUCUAAGUAGGGGCACUGUGGCUGGUAUUCUCAAAGGUUAUAUUGGACUCAGCGCUGCAGUAUAUACAGUGAUAUAUGAUAUGGUACUUAACAGCUCUUCUUCAAAACUGUUGUUGUUCCUUGCGAUUGGGCUUCCUGUUUUAUGUUUAGCCUUGAUGUACUUUAUUCGGGCUUGUACUCCAGCAUCCGGAGAAGACUCUUCAGAGCAUGUCCAUUUUCUUUUCACUCAAGGUGCUAGUGUUUUGCUUGCUAUCUAUCUUCUCUCAACUACAGUGAUAGGUGACACAGUUUCUCUAAGUGGCACUAUUUCCUACAUUUUAGUUGCCAUAAUGGUCAUCCUUUUAAUGGCCCCCCUUGCAAUUCCUGUGAAAAUGACACUUUUCCCUGCAAAGAAACUUUCCUCUGCAGUUAAUUCUUCAGACAAUUUGGUUGAGGGAGAAGGUGGUUCAACCCAGACAAAUCCUUUGUUGACACCUUCUUCAUCAGCUGCAUAUCUUGGAAGUUUCUAUGAGAAUGAGGAAGCUUCAGAUGUGGAAACACUUCUUGCUGUUGGGGAGGGGGCAAUCAAGAAGAAAAGCAGACCUCGUAGGGGGGAGGAUUUCAAGCUUCGUGAAGCUCUUGUCAAGGCUGAUUUCUGGCUUCUUUGGUUUUCAUAUUUCCUUGCAGUUGGUACAGGAGUAACAGUUCUCAAUAAUUUGGCUCAGAUUGGGAUUGCAUUAGGUGAUGAUGAUACCACGUUAUUGCUGUCUCUCUUCAGCUUUUGCAAUUUUGUGGGUCGUCUUGGCUCAGGUGUCAUUUCUGAACACUUUGUCAGGUCAAGAACACUUCCUCGCACAUUUUGGAUGAUAUGUGCACAUAUUUUCAUGAUCGUAUCAUACCUUCUAUAUGCGUUAGGCCUCAGUGGUACUCUCUAUGCUGCAACUGCUUUGCUGGGAAUCUGCUAUGGUGUUCAGUAUUCUAUAAUGGUCCCGACUGCUUCCGAGAUUUUUGGGUUAAGACAUUUUGGUAUAAUUUACAACUCCAUGGCAUUAGGCAAUCCAAUUGGUGCAGUCCUUUUCUCAGCUCUGCUUGCUGGUUAUAUAUAUGACGCUGAAGCUGCUAAGCAAGGAUCGUCUACCUGUUUAGGUCCCAAUUGCUUCAGGCUGACAUUCCUGAUUCUAGCUGGCCUUAGUGGGCUGGGCACCAUUGUGAGCGUAAUUCUGACAAUUAGAGUACGACCAGUUUACCAAAUGCUUUAUGCUGGGGGUUCUUUCCGACAUCCUCAAAGUUCAAACCACUGAUGGUUGGAGUUAAUAAUACCCGAUAGGAUCGGGACAUGCCGGUUUUGUAGAGGUAUGCUCCAAUAAAGUUAUCUCAGCUACAUAGUGAAUAUCUGUGGCAUGCCUUUACUAUGUAGUAUCGUUAUAGCAAUCUGCUAAGCCUCGGUUG